AUGGCGAGUAAAGCGGCUUAUAAGCGUUUGACUCGCGAAUACAAGACGAUAUCUGAGAACCCUCCUCCAUACAUCACGGCUCAUCCGUCCGAAUCCAAUAUUCUCGAGUGGCACUAUAUCAUAACAGGACCAGAGGACACACCGUACCACGGUGGCCAGUACUGGGGCACGCUGAUAUUUCCGCCCAACUACCCGUUCGCUCCGCCGGCUAUCCGGAUGCACACGCCGUCUGGGCGAUUCCAGCCGUCGACGCGACUGUGCCUUUCGAUAUCCGACUUCCACCCCAAGUCUUUCAACCCUGCAUGGGAAGUCUCGACAAUCCUCAUCGGGCUUCUCUCCUUCAUGACGAGCGACGAGAUGACUACCGGCUCGGUCUCGACCACGAUCGUGGAGAAGAAGUUCCACGCGGCCCGGUCACGAUGGUGGAAUUCGACGGGCGGCGGCUCGCACGCUAAGAACCCGGCGAACAAGGGCAACGUCAAGGCCGGCGACGGAGGUGCCAAGUUCCGCGCGGAGUGGCCGGAGGUCGAUGCGGAAAACUGGGAGUGGAUGAAGAGCUGCAAGGUGGACGCCCUGACGGGAAACCGUGCGGGCGGAGAUAAUGGCGCCUCGUGCGGCCCGCAGCUUGGAAUUGCCGGCACGAGCGGCCAUCAGACGCAAGCUGUCGUUGACGCUGUGGUGCAGCAAAGGGACGCCGGCCGUGGUUGGAUAUACCGCAAUAAACUGGUCCUCGCAGGCGGAGCUAUAUUCGUCUACGUUUUGAUUGCGAGAUUGAUGAGCGGCUACGGAGGCCUUCCUUAG